GCGGAUCCGAUGGAGUCGCUUCUUAUUCUUACCGUAGUGCUUCUCCUUGUGCAUGCGGUGAGUUCCCUGGUGCGCACGGCUCUCGCCCGUCGGCGGCACUCGCGGUGCUACCUGCUUGACUACGUGUGCCAUAGGCCGUGUGACGACCGCAAGGUGAGCUCGGAUACCGUUGGCAGGGUAGUCACGCGUAACAAGCGCCUCGGUGUCCCAGAGUACCGGUUCCUCCUGCGCGUCAUUGUCGGGUCCGGCAUCGGGGAGGAGAGCUACUGCCCGCGCAACAUCCUGGAGUGUCGCGAGGAUUCGCCCACCCACCAGGACGCGCUGGACGAGAUGGACGCCUUAUUCGACGAAGCCAUCGCCGAGCUCUUCCUCAGGAGCGGCUUCGCUCCCCGCGAUGUCGACGUGCUGGUCGUCAAUGUCUCCUUGUUCGCACCCGCGCCGUCGCUCGCCUCUAGGAUCGUUCGCCGCUUCGGAAUGCGUGAGGACGUCGCCGAAUACAACCUCUCCGGCAUGGGAUGCAGCGCCAGCCUGAUCUCGCUGGACCUCGCGCGCAGAGCUCUGCGCACGCGGCCGGCGUCGCUAGCUCUCGUUGUCUCGUCGGAGUCCAUCGCUCCCAGUUGGUACUCCGGCAAGGACAAGUCCAUGAUGAUGGGCAACUGCCUCUUCCGCAGCGGGGGUUCCGCCGUGCUGCUCACCAACAACCCGUCGCUCCGCGGGCGCGCCAAGAUGGUGCUCCGCCAUCUCGUGCGCACAAACACCUGCGCCGACGACGAGGCGCACACGUGCGCGCUACAGCGGGAGGAUGAGGACGGGCACGUCGGGAUCAGCCUCAGCAAGGAUUUGCCCAAGGCCGCUGUCCGGGCAUUGACCCUCAACCUACGGCGCCUCGCCCGGCGUGUCCUCCCCGUGUCCGAGUUGCUGCGGUUCGCCGCCCAAUACGUAUCCAGCAAACUCCUAUCCCAGUCCCCUGUGCAAGCGAAGUCAGACGGACGACUUCGCAAGGUCAACUUUAAGACCGGCGUGGAGCACUACUGCCUCCACCCCGGCGGCGCCGCCGUCGUCAAGGCUGUAAAGGAGAGCCUCGGUCUGGACGCCGACGACGUGGAGCCUGCGCUGAUGACACUGUGUCGGUGGGGGAACACGUCCGCCAGCAGUCUCUGGUACGUGAUGUCGUACAUGGAGGCCAAGGGGAGGCUGAAGAAAGGGGACAGGGCGUUCAUGCUCACCUUUGGCUCCGGAUUUAAGUGCAACAGUUGCGUGUGGGAGGUGACCGGCGACAUGGCUGACAAGGGCGCGUGGGCAGACUGCAUCGACGAGUAUCCACCGCCACCGGAGGGCACCACUACCAACCCGUACAUGGACAAGUACAGUUGGGUUAACCAAGUCGACGCACUGGUGUUAUAG